AUGCUCGACCAUGCCUGCAAGAUCGCGAAGGCCUUGGGGUAUUUCUCCGUGGACGGGAAUCCAGAAGAAGCAGACGGACAGCCGUCUCUCGCGCAAGCAUCGACGACCGACAAAACUGAAAUAGAUAAAAAUCGAAAACGAUUCGAGUUCUGGCAUUUACUUCGAACGGACUGUCUCUUCCGACUGUCCUUCGGAAAGCCGACUCUUAUUGCGCCGGGUUCCUGGAAGGUCAAUUUCCCAGACCCCACAAUUGAUGGUGUUGAUGAUGAAUCUUCUCGCUUCAUCCAAAUUCAUUUUUUGGCUUCUAUGCGACUUACCCUGGUGGUGAUGAAGUACCUGGACUGGAUUGACUCGGGGCCAGAUCCUGACCCGGUCUUGCAUGAUGCAACGAUUGACAGCUUCCUUGACGAGGUGCAGUUGAUCAUGUCUGAUUGGGAUACAGAUGAACUUCUUCGAAUAGCCAAGACCCAGUUCGACACAUGGUUCUGCGUGGAUAUGAUUUUCAGCAGCUACAAAGUCCUCAUCGUUCUUCACCAGUCGAAGAUAUGCGAUCAGGAAAGACACCGUUUGCCACAUCAAACUGUGGAUAUCUCUAGAAAGUCUAUACAAAUGUUCCAGUCCCUCCUAGGAUCAUCAUUACACGCAUACUGGGGAAUAAGUCUCAUAUUACUACACCAGUUCAUUCCUUUUUUCAUAUUGUGCUUGGAUAUCAUCGGGAAUCCGGAGCAUGGCGACAUUGAGACAGACCUGACUUCAGUGACCUGGAUCAGCGACUAUGUCGAAAAGAUGGUCGAAGAGCGAGCCGAGCUAAGACCUGUGAUGAUUAUCAUGAAGGCCGUGAUUUUUGCUUGCCGCCAAGUCAAAACGAACCGUCUGGCGUCUUUAAUGACAGGAAAUGCACAGACCGACUGCUAG